GUAUAUUAUUAUUAUAAAUAUAAUGCGUUUAACAUGUUGCUGUAAGAAUGUUUUAAAAUUAAAGACAUUGUGGCUAGUAUUUCUUCUAUUGCUGAUGCUGUUGGAGUCGCCGAUCUUUGCCCAAGAUGCCGAGAUCGUCAGCUCCUGCACGCGGUACAAGCAGAGCGUCUUUGAUGUCCAGGAUGGUUACAGCUUUUUAUUACCAGGUGCGCCAAUCACCUACAAGAAAUUGGACAUGUGCCGCAGUUAUACGCCUUUGAUAGUCGGCGGAAAGCCUGCCGAGCCCAAAGAAUUCCCCUACAUGGCACGCUUGGGCAAUCGCAAGAGUGACAAUCAAACCGAUUGGUUCUGUGGCGGCACCUUGAUCACCAAUCACCUGGUUUUGACGGCAGCCCAUUGCCUUUUCUCAGGCAGUGGUGCUAUCAAUGUGGUGCGCUUGGGCGAGCUAGACUUUGCCUCCGAUACGGAUGAUGCUCAACCCGAGGACUUUGGUGUUAACAAGCUGACAGAGCAUCCAAGUUAUGAGCACAACAUCUUAUAUAAUGAUAUAGCCAUUGUACAAUUGGAUCGCGGUGUGAGACUUAACGCUUAUAAGCUUCCUGCCUGCCUUCCCUUUGAAGACGGGAAUCGUUAUAACAGCUUCAUUGCCACGGGUUGGGGUCACACUAAAUUUGCCGGCGUGGAUUCUAGAAAACUGCUGAAAGUCAAGCUAAAUGAUUUUGGAAGUAACUGUCCCACGGCCGAUGAGAUCGAUGAGCUGCCCAAUGGCUUCAACUCAAGCACACAGCUCUGCAUUGGCUCUAAUGAGCGUAAGGAUACCUGCAACGGUGACUCCGGAGGUCCUGUGGUGGUCUACCAUGCGGAGUAUCCCUGUAUGUAUCACGUUAUGGGCGUUACUUCAUCUGGCAUUAGCUGUGGAAUCCCCAAUACGCCAAGUCUCUAUACACGAGUUCACUUUUACUUGGAUUGGAUCAAAAAGGAGAUAGCUAAACUCAGCUAAACUUCUGGCGAAUCCAGGAAUCCCAAAUAUGAUUUUUUUUUAUAUCGAACAUAAAUAUAUUGUUUAGGGAAUUCCUUUAAAUAAAUAUAGUAAAU